AUGGAUUCAUUUUUUAUUCAAAAACCAGAUGAAAAUACAAAUAUGUUUAUAGAUUUUAGAACUGCGCUUCUUGCAAUGUAUACCUUCCUAACGGGUGAUUCAAGUGCGUUAUCAAAUUGGUUAUAUUUAGAUAAUCAAGCAAUUGUAAUAUUGGUUAUCUUGUUUUCACUCUUGGUUUUUGUAUAUCUUAUGAAUUUAUUUAUUGGAUUACUCAAUAUGGCAAUUAAUAAAGAUAAUGAGAGGGUCUCAUAUUUAAAGCAGAAGGCAGAGAUUGAUAAACUUGAAAAGAAGAUUGACAAUGUCGAUGGGAAGAUUGAUAAAGUUGAAGGGAAGGUUGAUACAAUUGAAGAGAAGAAUAAUACAAUUGACGCGACCUUACAACAGUUGUUAAAAGAAAUACGAGAAUUAAAAGAAAACAAAAAGUAA